UUCAUCUACUGUAAAUGUAACCUUUAUCCCUUUGAGUUUGCUGAAGCUUGUUGCUUGGAUACACACACUGCGCCCGGCCCGUCUCCAAAUGAGUUUACGCACCAGAAAUGAUCGACUCAUGGCAACAAUCUGAAAGCAUAACACCGACAAUACAAACCACGGCUUCUAAAAAUAGAUUGCGGUUUGAGCGCUUGAUAUUUUGCAAAAACGAGUAAUGCGGCACAAGGUGGUCGCGGUCACCCAGUGCGCAGAGCGAGCGCAGUAACUUGAGAUGAAAGGCUUGGGGACAUAAUUGGAUGAGAAUUGUUUACAGAGAAAGUGGUUAUUCGAUUCUGGCCUGCUUCCGUUAUGGACCAUUUGCUGAGUGAGGAGAUCAGUAGUGUUCCCAUGCCAGGCUAUUGACUCAUGAUUUAUAUUUUAUGUAGCCUUUUAAAUGGCUGCUUUUCUUAUUGUUUAUACAUGUCUAAUAAUGUUAUAUCGAGCAACUAGUGUCACUGUGUCGAUUUGUAAAUGACAACGUGAUCAUCUAUUUGACUUAGAUUAUACAUACUAUUUCCUCUCCUACUAUAACCUUGAAAUAGGCCUAUUAUGAUGGAAGACAAACAGCCUCAAUAAAAGUUAGUAGCAUAUACUCUCCAGAGUUUAAGCACUACGCUCCUCCUAUCUUGUCACUUGAGAAAUGAAGAUAGGACGGGCUUAGUUUUCUCUAUUGAGGUCAAGCAGCUCCACAAAGUGCCUAAUAGCUCAUUAUUGGCUCAGCUGCCUGUCUGCCUCGAGCACAGUUUCAGAAUGUGGCCACUGGAGGCUCCCAGCAGUUUAUGCGUCACUUCAUUCCGAACGCCGAUGAUGGCGGAGCUCGAGAUAGUGCAGCCUGAACCGGAGGCGCCCGAAGUUCUCAAUGGGGACGCCGACGAAAACGAAGCGAAAGAGGACGCGGAGCCCUCCGAAACAGGGAAGAAAAAGAGAAGAAAAAAGAAGAAGAAGAAGACCGCUGUCCCAGCAGGGACAAAUGAGUCUGAGGGGGAUGGAGAUACGGGAGGAGGUGUUGGUGAUGUGACGAAACAGUUGGAGCAGCAAGCCCUGCCCGAGGACAUAGAUAAGGAGGAUGAUGGAGAGGAGGAUGGAGAAGAGGGUGAAAACUCCGCAGGGAAGAAGAAGAAGAAGAAGAAGAAGAAUAAGAAGAGAGUGAAGGGGCAGACUGACCCUCCCACUGUCCCUAUUUGUGAGCUGUAUCCCAGUGCUGUCUUCCCAAAGGGAGAGGAAUGUGAAUAUCCUCCAUCUAAAGACGGGCGCAGUGCAGCGUGGCGGACCACCCACGAGGAGAAGAGGGUCCUUGACAAGGCCAACGAGGAGAUGUGGAGCGACUUCCGUCAGGCUGCCGAGGCCCACAGACAGGUCCGAAACUACAUCAACACCUGGAUCAAACCUGGGAUGACCAUGAUCGACAUCUGUGAACGACUGGAGGACUGCAGUAGGAGGCUGAUCAAAGAGAACGGUCUGAAGGCUGGCCUGGCAUUCCCCACUGGCUGCUCAAUCAACCAUGUUGCUGCCCACUACACUCCUAAUGCUGGUGACCCCACAGUCCUGCAGUACAACGACGUCUGCAAGAUAGACUUCGGCACGCACAUCAACGGUCGAAUCAUUGACUGUGCCUUCACCGUGACCUUCAACCCAAAGUACGACAGAUUACUGGAGGCUGUGAGAGAUGCUACCAACACAGGCAUCAGGUGUGCGGGGAUAGAUGUGCGUCUGUGUGACGUGGGUGAAACCAUCCAGGAGGUCAUGGAGUCUUAUGAGGUGGAGAUAGAUGGGAAAACAUACCAAGUAAAGCCAAUCAGGAACCUCAAUGGCCACUCCAUCGGCCAGUACAGGAUACAUGCAGGCAAGACUGUCCCCAUCGUCAAGGGAGGAGAAGCUACCAGAAUGGAGGAAGGUGAGGUGUACGCAAUCGAGACGUUUGGCAGCACUGGGAGGGGAGCUGUUCACGGUGACAUGGACUGCUCGCAUUACAUGAAAAACUUCAACGUUGGACACGUGCCAAUAAGGCUCCCCAGAGCUAAGCAUCUGCUCAACGUGAUCAACGACAACUUCGGGACGUUGGCGUUUUGCCGCCGCUGGUUGGACCGGCAGGGAGAGAGCAAGUACCUGAUGGCCCUGAAGAACCUGUGUGACCUGGGCAUCAUAGACCCGUACCCUCCUCUCUGUGACACCAAGGGCUCCUACACUGCCCAAUACGAACACACCAUCCUUCUCAGGCCCACCUGUAAGGAAGUGGUGAGCAGGGGUGAUGACUACUGAGUACGUUCCCGUGGGCCAGCUGGCCUCGAACCAGGAAGAACAGGAAGACAAAGAAUGAGAGAAGAUACAGUAUAUCAGAAAAGUGAGUACACCCCUCACAUUUUUGUAAAUAUUUGAGUAUAUCUUUUCAUGUGACAACACUGAAGAAAUGACACUUUGCUACAAUGUAAAGU